AUGUCUCCCCCAGCCAUGCUCUUCCAGGAACCUAUUUCCCCUACCGUUCCUUCCAAGAAGUUGAACCUUCCUCACAGCUCUGCUGUCCCUGUUGGAGGACAGACCAAGGGCGAGACCAUCGAUGCCAUGGCUGGUGAAUGGGAAUCCUUCACCUUCCGUCCCAUCCGUGAGUCGCAGGUCAGCAGAGCCAUGACCCGCCGCUACUUUGCCGACAUGGACAAGUACGCCGAGUCUGACGUCGUCAUCAUUGGCGCUGGCUCUUGCGGUCUCUCUUCCGCAUACUGCUUGGCCAAGGCUCGUCCUGACCUCAAGAUUGCCAUCAUCGAGGCCAGUGUCAGCCCUGGUGGUGGUGCUUGGCUCGGUGGCCAGCUCUUCUCUGCUAUGGUCAUGCGCAAGCCUGCUGACGCCUUCCUCCGCGAGAUCGGUGUCGACUACGAGGAGGACGGUGAUGACAGCAACUAUGUUGUCGUCAAGCACGCUGCUCUCUUCACCAGCACUCUGCUCAGCAAGGUCUUGCAGUUCCCCAACGUCAAGCUCUUCAAUGCCACUGCCGUUGAGGAUCUCAUUACCCGCCCCCGUGAGGAUGGAACUAUCCAGAUUGCCGGUGUUGUCACCAACUGGACUUUGGUCAGCAUGCACCACGACGACCAGUCCUGCAUGGACCCCAACACCAUCAACGCCCCCGUCAUCAUCUCCACCACCGGCCACGACGGCCCCUUCGGUGCCUUCUCCGUCAAGCGCCUCGUCAGCAUGCAAGCCAUCAAGUGCCUCGGCGGCAUGCGCGGCCUCGACAUGAACACCGCCGAAGACGCCAUCGUCAAGGGCACCCGCGAGAUCGUCCCCGGCCUCAUCGUCGGCGGCAUGGAGCUCUCUGAAGUCGACGGUGCCAACCGUAUGGGACCUACCUUCGGUGCCAUGGCCCUCAGUGGUGUCAAGGCUGCUGAGGAGGUUGUUAGAGUCUUUGAGCAGCGUCAGAAGGAGUGUGCUGCUUCUUACUAA